AUGUACUCCUAUUCCAAAUACGGCACCCGCUCGUCUUCCUCUACCACUCCCACCAUCAAACCGUCUGCGUUCCCCAAGGGUCCUGCCGCUACCCAGAAACCUAAUGCCAAGAAGCCUCGUGUGGUUGAAAACGACUUCUCCAACCAGUACGUCCAUGCUCGCCAGUUAUCUACAAAUUACAUCCGUAACGUUGAUCUUCCUAUGGAUGGUUACCCCAAGCUUCAGAAAUUGAAAGAGUUGAAGGCGACGCAGGUCUCCAAACACGCCUGUAAACCGUAUGGUGUCCGUGUAGAUACCCAGCUGAUUGUACCUACAUUGAACAAAUGGGUUAACAACUUCUCGUUGCAAUUUGAUGUCAUAAUGAUCGGGGCACUUGUGGAGAAUCAAUUCAUUCUUCCACUUUUGAAUCUGAUGCCUCUCUAUAAGCUCUGCGCCAAGCCAGGGUUUCUCUUCAUUUGGACCACCACUUCCAACAUUAAACAGCUUACGUACUUGCUUAAUGGCGAUAAGUGGAACAAGAAGUUUCGUCGUUCUGAGGAGCUUGUAUUUGUGCCGGUUGACGAAAACAGUCCCUAUUUUCCAGGGGACGUAAACGAUGGCUUCUAUGGCAAUGCCGCUAACGGGAAUGGCGAGUCGCUUUUGCGGCGUAAGCAAUGGCACUGCUGGAUGUGCAUUACUGGUACGGUACGGAGAUCAACCGACGCAGACAUGAUCCAUUGUAACGUAGACACAGACUUGCAAAUAGAGCAUAGAGAUGUACCCUCUCCUAUGCAAGGUUAUAACAACGCAGUGCCAGAAGCGAUUUACACAGUGGCUGAAAACUUCUCCAAUUCCAAUCGAAGAUUGCACAUCAUUCCGUGCAGAACAGGCUAUAAGUUGCCUAUCAAGAUGAGAAAGGGAUGGGUGAUUAUGCUGCCAGAUGUUCUCGUGGAUAACUUUGAUCCAAUUGAAUAUGAGGCGCAGAUUUACGUCAAGUCUCAAGUAAAGUACAAGAAUACUACUACGAAUGGCCAACACAAACAGAUUGCACAGUAUUUGGUGCCUCAGACCGGAGAUAUAGAGGCAUUGAGACCCAAGAGUCCAGUUUAA